AUUAACUAUAGUUUACAACAUGUAUGCCUUUUAGACUGACUUAGACUUUGCUCUCUCCUUCUGAACUGUUUUACAGGAAAAUGGAAAGACAUGGUGGGUGUCUUUGGAUGGGUUUCUUUGGCUUCCUUUAUUUGUAUGGGGUUUAAACUUUCCUUAUGAUUAUGAGUAAGACAACUGAAUAUUCUUGCUCAUGAUUCUUUGUCCUUUUGUUCCUUUAGAAUUUUCAUUCGUUUCAUGGGGAAUUUUCAAAGUUUGUUUCUUGUGGUGGGACAAUGUUGAAAAGUACGGACUUUUUCUGGGUUUGAGACUAAGAGGAAAGUAAAACAGUUUUUCGUUGGGGGGAGAAGGAUUGAAGAUUGUUAUUCUCUUUGGUGUUAACUGAAAUGGGUGGAAGGAGAAAGAGAGCUUUGAUGAAUGUUGAUGAAGUUGUGGACUUUUUCAACAACAUCAUAGUGGAGAAGCCUUAUCUCUUUUUGUUGAUCCCUUUUAUUUUGAUCUUCUGGGCUAUAGAGAAAUGGUUUUUCUCUCUGUCCAAUUGGGUUCCUCUUGUUCUGGCCGUUUGGGCAACUAUCCAGUAUGGUAAUUAUCAACACCGAAUGGUUGUUGAAGACUUGAAUAAAAAGUGGAAGCGAGUCAUACUAAAUACCUCGCCAAUAACACCAUUGGAGCACUGUGAGUGGCUAAACAAGCUUUUAAUGGAGAUUUGGUUGAACUUCAUGAAUCCAAAGCUUUCGUUAAGGUUCCAGUCGAUUGUUGAGAAACGCUUGAAACAUCGCAAAUCAAGACUCAUUGAAAAAGUGGAAUUGCUGGAGUUUUCACUAGGUUCAUCUCCACCUUGCUUGGGUCUUCAUGGGACUCGCUGGUCAACUUCAGGUGAUCAGCGAGUUAUGCGCUUGGGCUUUGACUGGGACACCACUGACAUUAGCAUUAUGUUGCUUGCCAAGGUGGCCAAGCCAUUCUUUGGAACUGCAAAAAUUGUUAUAAACAGCCUUCACAUCAAGGGUGAUCUUCUCUUGAUGCCAAUUCUGGCUGGGAAAGCAAUUUUGUACUCAUUUAUAUCUACUCCUGAAGUAAGGAUAACAGUUGCUUUUGGAAGUGGAGGAAGCCAAUCACUACCUGCAACAGAGCUGCCUGGUGUUUCUUCUUGGUUGGUUAAACUUUUGACUGACACCUUAUCUAAGACAAUGGUUGAACCUCGCCGUCAAUGUUUCUCUUUACCUACUGUAGAUUUAAGGAAGAAGGCUGUUGGUGGUAUUAUAUAUGUGACAGUCAUUUCAGCAAGUAAACUUUCUAGAAGUAGCUUGAGAGGAAGCCCAACAAGAAGGCAACCAAGUUUUGCUGUAGAUGGUUUAGAAGAUCACUUUGAUGAUAAAGAUCUACAGACAUUUGUUGAAGUUGAGUUAGGAGAGUUAACCAGAAGAACAUAUGUCAGGCCAGGCUCUAGUCCUCAAUGGGAUUCAACAUUUAACAUGGUUUUACAUGAUAAUACAGGCACUGUUCGAUUCCAUCUCUAUGAGCGUACUCCUGGCAGUGUGAAGUAUGACUAUCUAGCAAGUUGUGAGAUUAAGAUGAAAUAUGUUUCAGAUGAUUCCACGAUAUUUUGGGCAGUAGGCCCAGAUUCUGGUGUAAUAGCCAGGCAUUCUGAAGUUUGUGGCAAGGAAGUUGAAAUGGUUCUUCCAUUUGAAGGGGUCAAUGCAGGGAAGCAGUUGGCAGUCAGGCUUGUGGUAAAAGAAUGGCAAUUUUCUGAUGGUUCUCAUAGCUUCAACAACUUCCGUGUUAGGUCACAACCAACGCUGAAUGGGUCAUCAAAUUUCCUUUCAAGAACUGGAAGGAAAAUUAAUGUAACUGUUGUGGAAGGGAAGGAUAUUGUUACAAAAGACAAAUUUGGAAAGUGUAACCCCUAUGUUAAAUUGCAGUAUGGAAAGGUUCUCCAGAAAACAAGGACAGCACACUCUUUUAAUCCUAUCUGGAAUCAGAAGUUUGAGUUUGAUGAAAUAGGAGGUGGUGAAUACCUGAAGAUAAAAUGCUACACUGAAGAGGUCUUUGGAGAUGACAGCAUUGGUAGUGCACGGAUAAAUCUCGAGGGACUGGUAGAAGGGUCAGUGAGGGAUGUGUGGGUCCCUCUUGAGAAAGUGAAUUCAGGAGAACUAAGGAUCCAGAUAGAAGCAGUUAGCAUUGAUGACUAUGAAGGAUCAAGGGGUUCUGCAUAUCCAGGUAAUGGCUGGAUCGAACUUGUGCUUGUUGAAGCAAGAGACCUAAUAGCUGCUGAUCUAAGGGGGACAAGUGAUCCAUACGUGAGGGUGCAUUAUGGAAACUUGAAGAGACGAACAAAGGUUAUGUACAGAACAUUGAAUCCUCAGUGGCAUCAAACUUUGGAAUUCCCUGAUGAUGGUAGUCCCUUGGAGUUGCAUGUGAAAGACCACAAUGCCUUGCUACCGACAUCCAACAUAGGUGAUUGUGUUGUAGAAUAUCAGAGACUGCCUCCAAAUGAGAUGUCUGACAAGUGGAUACCGCUUCAAGGGGUCAAAAGGGGAGAGAUUCAUGUUCAGGUUACGAGAAAAGUCCCAGAAUUACUGAAGAGACCUAGUCUGGACCCUGAACCAUCCUUAACAAAAGCACAUCAAAUAUCAAGCCAGAUGAAACAAAUGAUGAUCAAGCUUCAGUCUUCAAUUGAGGAUAGCAACCUUGAAGGAGUCUCAAAUCCAUUGAGUGAACUUGAAGCUCUUCAAGAUUUGCAAGAAGAAUACAUGGUACAGCUUGAGACUGAGCAAAUGCUUCUACUCAACAAGAUAAAGGAGCUUGGUCAGGAAAUUUUGAACUCAUCACCUUCUAGAAGAUCUUCUGGAAGUUGAGGCAAAUCUUUACUACAAAUCAAGAUCAUUUACUCUCAAUAUAGUUUUCCUUACCCAGAAAUCCUUAUAGAUAAGAUGGUGAAUAUCAUGCUCAAACUAAUAAUCUUCACAGAACACUCCAACUCCCUGCUGUGUAAUAUGGUUGCAUAAUUCCUUUUUUGGCAGCAAAUCCUGAAUAGGCAUCACCUCCUCAUAGUACCAUUCCCCCUUUUUUGAAUUUCAACUUGACAACUUCUGGUCGCCAAGCAUCUGCAAAUGUGGAUCUACCUUUCCAUUUAGCCUUGCCACGUGAUGGACGGUUAACCAAUUCGUUAGAAGAUGUCAUGGUUGGUUAUUUUUUGCCUCUAUGAUGCACAUAAAGAAAGAAGAAUCUCAAAAGCAAGAACAUUGGAUCUCGAUCUUUGUGUUUAGAUGUUAUACUCUUCUUGCUACACUUAGUUUAACAUUCCUGUCGUGUAUAUGUACUUGCAAGGUUUGAAUGAAUAACUGUCUUAACAUUAAAUCAGCCAUGAAGAACUCUUUAGUUUCCUCCAUAAACAAUGAUAUAUGGAUGCUCCGUUAUCCUCAA